GCGGAGCUGGGAUCAGCCAGGAGCGACGAUGUGAAGGAGGAAUCCGACUGAGCAGCACUGGGUUUCUCUGAAGAACAACACAACACAGCUGACAUUCUCACGCAGCAGGAACAGGAGCUUUAGUUUGGAAAUAUUCUUUUCUUAUUUUUCUGUCUCUGCCCACCUCAGAUAUUAUACUGGAAGCAGUGUUGCGGAGAGUAAGGAGCAUCGUUGACGUUCACUGGAUAUUUAUUUUUAAUUACACAAUUUGGAAGGAGUAAACUGCUCCGUGAAGAUUUCCUCUCGCUUUAUGGGAUUAUUGUCGACGAAGACGCCUUGUGUUAGGUCAGAACAUUAGGCAUCAUGAGUUCCAGUGCAGCUUAUCACCAAGGCUCUGCGGGUGGUGAACAAAGUUCUGGACCAAUCCGGUGCCAGCGAUGUCGGGACGUAUGCAAAGGAGAGGUGGUACGAGUACAAGACACCCACUUUCACGUCAAGUGUUUCACCUGCACCGUGUGUAACUGUGAUCUGGCACGAUCUGGCUUCUUCCAGAAGAAAGGAGAGUACAUCUGCACGGCAGACUAUCAGCGUCUGUAUGGUACACGCUGCGACCGCUGUGACAGCUUCAUUACAGGAGAGGUGGUCUCCGCUCUGGGACGCACAUACCACCCCAUGUGCUUUGUCUGCAGUGUCUGCAGUAAACCCUUCCCCAUUGGAGACAGAGUGACGUUCAGUGGAAAGGACUGCGUGUGCCAGCAGUGCUCUCGCACACUCGUCAAGCCAAAUGAACCGAUCAAGAUCCACGGGCCCAGCCACUGUGCUGGGUGUAGAGCCGAGAUCAAGCAGGGUCAGUCUCUCCUGGCGUUGGAGAAACAGUGGCAUGUCAGCUGCUUCAGAUGUCGGACCUGCAACAUGGUCCUCACCGGAGAGUACAUCAGCAAGGAUGGAGUGCCAUACUGUGAGGCAGAUUACCACGCCCAGUAUGGGGUGAAAUGUGAGACCUGCAGCAGAUACAUCAGUGGAAGGGUUCUGGAGGCGGGGGGGAAACACUACCAUCCAACCUGUGCUCGAUGCUCCCGCUGUAACAUGAUGUUCAAAGAGGGAGAGGAAAUGUACCUGACAGGAUGUGAGGUGUGGCACCCAUUAUGCAAGCAGGCAGCGAGGGCAGAGAGGAGACUCAGGCACAGACGCCUGUCAGAGGCCUCCAUCUCUCCACCGGGCUCCUCCAUAGGCUCUCCCAGCAGGGUUAUAUGCGCCAGAGUGGCGAAUCAGAUCCUAGAUUAUAAGGACCUAGCUGCCCUGCCAAAGGUCAAAGCCAUAUACGAGGUCCAACAGCCAGAUCUCAUAUCCUCCUCAUACCAGCCCUACCACAGAUAUACCUCUGAUGACAGGCUAGAAACUUACGGCUAUGGGGAGUCACUUAGGACACUCUCUCCUUAUUCUCAGGACUAUGACAGCCUGAAUAUAAAGCAGAGGCGGUGCUCCAGUCCAGGUUAUAUUGACUCGCCGACGUAUAGUCGCCAAGGCAUGUCACCCAUCAUGCCUCGCUCUCCGCAGCACUAUGCCUACCCUGGCUCUGAGAGUGGCAGGAGUUCACCUUUUUACGGCCAAGAGGGGCGGUCAAGCACACCCACCACAAACCAGCCCCCUAAACAUUUUCAUGUACCAGCCACAGGGGACCCCAACAUCUACAGGAAGCCUCCCAUCUAUUCGAGAACGGUGACUUCCAGGAGUCUUAUCGUCACCGUGAGGUUGCCAGACAAUCAUGUGGACACAGCUACCAAAAGCAGGACCAGCGAGGACAUCCUCAGAUCCUCCACACUGUCCACCUCCUCUCCUGAGCCAUACACCCAGUCAGAGUCUGACUACUAUCCAUACACCAGCUCGCCCAAAGCCUAUCGGGCGCCGAGAAGACGCUUCUCGACAGGAGGAGAUGAAGACAGUUGGAGUCACAGUCUUCAAAGAAUCGGGAGUGGCAUCGGGAGGAUGAUCCUAAAGGAGGAGAUGAAAGCCAGAUCUGGUUCCUAUGACAACGACCCCUGGGGCAGUGCGAGGAAUUCUCGUAGUGGGAGCAAGGAAACACUCAACACUACAGGCUACGGUACCACGGCGUACAACAACACUGUCAAUGGAUCUCCCAGAUCUCAGUACAGCGCUGAUUGUGAUUCUGUUUGUAAGUCUGCAUCGCUGCCAGGAUACGGACGCAACGGCAUCCAGAGGCCUCAGAGUGCUGAUUGCUACCAGUACCAGUAUGACAGUGGCAGCGAGGUCAACUGGGGAAGCAGAGCAGAAUACACGAUUUACCCCUAUGAGGAGCUCAUUGUCACCACCAGAGGUCGCAACAGGCUGCCCAAAGAUGUAGACAGAGCCAGACUGGAGCGUCACCUGUCCCCAGAGGAGUUCCUCCAAGUGUUUGGCAUGACUGUGGAGGAUUUUGACCGGCUGGCUCUGUGGAAGAGAAAUGAGCUCAAGAAACAGGCCCGACUGUUUUAAUAACAUGGACGUCCAUUGAAUACUGCCAUAACUAGAGCGAGAGGCUUGACAGACUGUAGGAGGGGAAGAAAGAGAUAGGUAGACGUCUGCUCAGUUUCACUGCCAUGGCUGAGAACCUGUUCUAGAUCUCCUCAUAUUACCCACCAAAUUCUGGUCACACCAGCGUGAACUUCUAAGAUAGGGCCUACCGAGGUAAGGCCACAGAGACAUUAUGCACAGAUGGACUGAUAAACUGUUACAUGGCUGCCCAUGCAUCUUUGGCAGAGUGCCAGAGUGGUGUGUAAGCAAUAGAGACUGUAGUACAUUAGUGAUGUGCUUUUCUUAAACCUGAAGGCUGGAGGAAGGCAUGGCCACAUGUGGGGGUGUCUGUGCUAAAACAUAAAGAUGAGAUUUUUGGCUUUGCCUUAUUUGUUAUGCUCUCUUAGUUAUGAGUGUGCAGCACCAGCAAUCUUAAUGAGUAGAAUGUAGAUACACUAUAUCAUUUAUGACACUUUAUCAGUGUGAAUGAUUAGAUGAGAAGAAUGAGUGAGUGAGCAUACAGCAUCACUUUGCUUUGGUUUAUAAGAAUGCAGUUUGUUUACCCUUGUUUUCCCUUUCACCUGAAAUACUGUAUCCCUCUGGUUUACACAAAUUGAUAUAGAAUGAUACAAGUAACAAUCUGAGAUAGAUGCAACUUUUUUUAAAUUGUAUUUAUGACCUGGAUUGAUAUGUGUGCAAAUAAAAACCAAAGUGAGAAUGCAAAUACAGAUUAGCAGAUCACUUCCAUGUAGUGUUCUGGUUAAAUAGGUAAAGGUCACCAAUACACAGUUCACUGUGCAGCUGUAUGGUAACCUAAAAUGAUGUGCAAUCCAGUACAUUAAAUACAUACAGGAAACACCAA